GCAACUUAUUUUUUUAAGCUUGAAACUCCUCCCCGUCGAGGUGUGACCGGAAAAUUUUUUUGUACACACAGCUCGACACAGACAUCUCUGUGGUAGCCUGAGUUACAGGAGGAUGGCAGAAGAGAGGGCAUACCCUUACGGGUACAAGUCAAUACCACAAGGGAGGAGGACACUCCAGUCAUCUUCCAUACCCAGUCAAGAGCCUAGAGUAUCUAAUAGGAGAGCAAAACUAGCAAAAGCGUACAAGAUAUUGCUCAUAGGCGAAUCGAGUGUUGGUAAGACGACCAUUGCCACUCGUCUUUGUGAGGAUAGGUUUAUGUCAGAAGCUAGACAGCAUACGUUAGGUUUUGACAUGUUUGAAAAAGACUUUCAAGUAGACGGGGAGUUUUUAAAAGUGCAGCUGUGGGACACUGUUGGUCAGGAAUGUUAUGAUUCAAUAACUACUUCCUACUACAGAGGAGGAGCUGGUAUUGUGAUUGUGUAUGACAUUACGUCAAUGAGAUCCUUUGAAAUGCUAAGCAAAUGGAUGGGAUACGUGGAGACACAUGCCACAGCUGACGUAUCAAUGAUGAUACUGGGAUCAAAAUGUGACUUAGACUAUUUGAGGGAAGUGCAGCCAGAAGAGGGACAGAGGUAUGCAGAGAACUUUGGGAUACAGAACUUUUAUGAAGUCAGCGCUAAAACUGGGCAUAACGUGCAAGAAGCGUUUGAAAGCUUUUUUAGAGAAGUACACCAAAAAUCGCAGGAAGAGCAAAAACAAAAACAAGUGGAAACUCUUGAUGAACCAACGAAAAAGAGUGGGUGUUGUGGAAAAGGGUGACAGAGAGGGAUAGAGAUAUCUAGUUUUAUCACUGCAACAGUCUUUGAUUUCUUCGAGCCUGUUAAUUUCUCACUCUCUUAUUUUAAUAAUAUUAUGAUGUUGAUGGAUUGUUUCUUAUUGUCACUAUAAUUAUGUACAUAUAGAAUAUUAUAAUAUUUAUUAAAAAUUGAUAAAAAUAUUUUUGAAAUACUAUUUUAAUGCUACACAAA